UUGAUGACGGCAGCAACGCGCCGGCCCAGUGGAGCCGUGAGUAUUCGGGGAGUCACUAGAAAGCUGCAGUCCGGUGAAGAGUACAGAAGAGCAGCAGGCCCACUUCGAUCCAGCUGUGCAGAUUUAGCGAGCACUUCUCGAUCGCAGUGGGAUUGCUCGGGUCGUGUAAGCGCGCAGAGCGCUGGGAGCGCAGUGUGUCAUGGUAAUGCUAUGCACAUCCGGGCCACAGCGCGCUGACUCCAUUAUUGUUCAGCGACAGUGAAACUGGAGAGAGAGAGAGAGAGAGCUCAAGUGCGGGGGGCGGGGAGCGUCGCGCAGCCAAACAGGAGGACACUUUCGGAGGGCCGCCGCGAGCUGGACAGCCUCAAGGACAUGUCUAACCCUGGUGUACGGAGAAAUGGACCCGUGAAGCUGCGUUUGACAGUUCUCUGUGCAAAAAACCUUGUGAAGAAAGACUUUUUUCGCCUUCCCGACCCCUUUGCUAAAGUGGUAGUUGACGGCUCAGGACAAUGCCAUUCGACGGAUACUGUCAGGAAUACGCUUGAUCCCAAGUGGAACCAGCAUUACGACUUGUACAUAGGAAAGUCUGAUUCAAUAACAAUAAGUGUCUGGAAUCACAAAAAGAUCCACAAGAAGCAAGGGGCCGGCUUCCUAGGCUGUGUGCGGCUACUGUCUAAUACCAUUAACCGCCUAAAGGACACUGGCUACCAAAGGCUUGACCUAAACAAACUAGGCCCAAAUGACAAUGACACAGUUAGGGGACAGAUUGUAGUGAGUCUUCAGUCACGGGACAGGAUUGGUACUGGUGGUCCUGUAGUUGAUUGCAGUCGUCUCUUUGACAACGAUCUUCCUGAUGGUUGGGAGGAGCGCAGAACGGCUUCAGGACGAAUCCAAUACCUGAACCACAUUACCAGGACAACUCAGUGGGAGAGACCAACACGACCAGCUUCUGAAUAUUCCAGUCCCGUCCGGCCACUGAGCUGCAUAGUGGAUGAGAACACACCAAUAAUGGGGACAAAUGGUGCUACAAGUGGACAGAGCAGUGACCCCCGUAUCCAGGAAAGAAGAGUCCGCUCUCAGAGGCACAGGAACUACAUGAGCAGAACACACCUGCACACACCACCAGAUCUUCCUGAAGGCUAUGAGCAAAGAACGACACAGCAAGGACAAGUCUACUUCCUUCACACACAGACCGGUGUGAGCACAUGGCACGAUCCCCGUGUUCCAAGGGAUCUUAGCAACGUUAACUGUGAGGAGCUUGGUCCUCUUCCUCCUGGGUGGGAGAUCCGUAACACAGCCACUGGACGAGUCUACUUUGUGGAUCACAACAACCGGACCACACAGUUCACAGACCCCCGACUCUCUGCAAAUUUGCAUUUGGUUCUGAAUCGACAGAACCAGUUAAAGGACCAGCAGCACCCUCACCAGCUUGUGGUAUCUCCUAGUGAGUUACCUGAGGAGGCAGAGUGCUUAACUGUGCCCAAAUACAAGAGAGAUCUUGUACAGAAACUCAAGAUCCUUCGUCAGGAGCUUUCCCAGCAACAGCCGCAAGCAGGGCAUUGUCGUAUCGAGGUGUCACGAGAAGAGAUCUUUGAGGAGUCGUACAGGCAGGUAAUGAAAAUGAGGCCCAAGGACUUGUGGAAGCGGUUAAUGGUCAAGUUCCGUGGAGAGGAAGGCCUUGAUUAUGGAGGGGUAGCCAGAGAGUGGCUCUAUCUGCUAUCCCAUGAGAUGCUCAACCCCUAUUACGGACUGUUCCAGUAUUCCCGGGAUGACAUCUACACCCUGCAGAUCAAUCCCGACUCGGCUGUUAACCCAGAACAUCUGUCCUACUUCCAUUUUGUGGGUCGGAUUAUGGGCAUGGCAGUGUUUCAUGGACACUACAUUGAUGGCGGUUUUACGCUUCCUUUCUAUAAGCAGUUACUGGGGAAACCGAUCACACUGGACGACAUGGAGUCUGUUGAUCCUGACCUGCAUAACAGCCUUGUCUGGAUCUUAGAUAAUGACAUCACAGGCGUCCUGGAUCACACCUUCUGUGUGGAACACAAUGCUUACGGGGAAAUUGUCCAGCACGAGCUUAAGCCAAGUGGCAAGAGCAUCCCAGUCAGCGAGGACAAUAAGAAGGAAUAUGUCCGGUUAUAUGUGAACUGGAGGUUCCUGCGGGGGAUUGAGGCCCAAUUCUUAGCGCUGCAGAAGGGCUUCAAUGAAGUCAUUCCUCAGCACCUUUUGAAGUCCUUUGACGAGAAGGAGUUAGAGCUUAUCAUCUGUGGUCUUGGGAAGAUCGACAUCAAUGACUGGAAGUCAAACACACGCUUGAAGCACUGCACCCCAGACAGCAAUAUCGUCAAGUGGUUCUGGAAGGCGGUGGAGACCUAUGAUGAGGAGAGGAGGGCACGUCUGCUGCAGUUUGUGACCGGGUCAUCCAGAGUGCCUCUGCAGGGUUUCAAGGCAUUACAGGGUGCUGCAGGCCCAAGACUGUUUACAAUCCAUCAAAUUGAUGCCAGCAGCAAUAAUCUGCCCAAGGCCCAUACCUGCUUUAAUCGUAUCGACAUUCCUCCCUACGAGAGUUAUGAGAAGUUAUAUGAGAAGCUCCUCACGGCCAUUGAAGAGACGUGUGGGUUUGCAGUUGAGUGAGCAGCUCUCACUUCUCUCCUAGGACUUCCUGCUGUCUGCCUUUGGGCUGAGAGAUUGCCCACAGCUGUUACCUGGACCCUCCGUGCUGACAGAAGCUCCAUCCAGACCACUGCUGUCGAUGUAGUUCGAGUUCUGGUGUGAUGGCCUGUACAAGGCCAGGACACUUCAGGGAUUAUAAAGCUGCUGUCAUUGCUACCUGUAGACACUCCAGUAACUUGCCAGAUGGCCACACACACACAGUAGAUGGGGGUGCCAUCCAGUUCUUCUCCAACCAUUCCUUUGCAGGCACAAAACAACGGUGGUGCUGGAAGGCUGCUGGGCUUUUUUUUUUUUUUUUUUUUCCUCCACCCCCUCUUCCCCCCCCCCAACAUCAUCAGGUGAGCAACAGGCACAACUUUCCAAGCUUGUUGGCAGCUUGGUGUUUUUAUUUUAUUUGAAAAGUGUAUAUUUGCAAAAGGGGGGCGGCACGGUGGCGCAGUGGGUAGCGCUGCUGCCUCGCAGUUAGGAGAUCUGGGGACCUGGGUUCGCUUCCCGGGUCCUCCCUGCGUGGAGUUUGCAUGUUCUCCCCGUGUCUGCGUGGGUUUCCUCCGGGCGCUCCGGUUUCCUCCCACAGUCCAAAGACAUGCAGGUUAGGUGGAUUGGCGAUUCUAAAUUGGCCCUAGUGUGUGCUUGGUGUGUGGGUGUGUUUGUGUGUGUCCUGCGGUGGGUUGGCACCCUGCCCUGGAUUGGUUCCUGCCUUGUGCCCUGUGUUGGCUGGGAUUGGCUCCAGCAGACCCCCGUGACCCUGUGUUCGGAUUCAGCGGGUUGGAAAAUGGAUGGAUGGAUGGAUAUUUGCAAAAGUCCUGUUAAUGGUGCUUUGUACAGAAGUGGCCUGAGUGGACGUGGUCAUCACUGGUCGGGUGGGCAAGCGAUUAAUCUUCCUAACAUUUUUUGCACAUUUACGGACUGGAGUUACUUAGAGGGCAACUCUCAUCCAGUUACCAAAUAGUUUUACGGACUGACUUCCCCCUUUGUACACCUCCAGCCAGCUGUAACACUAACGCCAGUGCACUGGCACGGGGGCCGUUUCACACGACAACUUCUGGCUCUUCCUUUCGUUUAUUUUUAUUUCCUUCUCUGUAUUUAUUUGUGUGUUUCGCUGUCCACAUUCCCACUCUUGUUUACUUUCAUGUACCAGAUGCAUCAGAUGAGCAAUAAACUGUUUGCACCUUCA